CAGCGGGCCAGUAGGAGAGAUGGAAAAUAAAUUAAUAUUAAAAGGGGAAGGUGAAAUAUUGAAGUAGUCUUUUAUUUGAGGACAGAUUUGACGGGAUCACAAUGUUAAGAUUGAGUCUCCUGCUUCUUCUUCUCUCCCACCCGGCCCGCUGCAUGCUGCUAGGAUGGGUGGAGUCUCCAGGGUAUCCCAGUGGAUACCAGCCCCACGCCAGUAUGAACUGGAGCAGGUGUGCCAGCGAUGGUUACACCCUCUCCAUCAGGAUUGUCCACCUGGACCUGGAGGACAGCCAGGACUGUGAAAACGAUGCCGUGAAGAUCUUUUCAAAUGGAAACCUCAUUUCUUCUCUGUGUGGCCAAAGGGACUUUCAGGAGCUCCAGUCCAUGGUAAAUCCCUCGCUCGUCUCCUACCCGGGCGGUUGUCUCUCUCUUUCUUUCCACUCGGACUACUCCAACAUCAAGAGGCACAGAGGCUUCAAAGGCUUUUACAGUGUGCAAGACUUCAACGAAUGUGAGGAAGACCCAGAAAUUGAAUGCAGCCAGUUCUGCCACAACACCAUCGGAGGGUACGGGUGCUCCUGUCGCCAUGGUUACCACCUGGGCACGGACAACCACACUUGCACUGUGAGUUGUGGCAAGGAUCUGUCAGGGUUGAACAAAGGAGACAUAUCCAGCCCCUCCUGGCCUGGCUUGUAUGCGGAGAACGCAGACUGUCGGGACACCCUGUCUGUGGAGGCCCACCUGCAGCUGGAACUGCACUUCACUGGGGUGUUUGAUGUGGAGCAGAGCCCUGAUGGUCAAUGCAUAGACGCGCUGAGGAUUGAGACUCCCUCUGGGAUAAUGGGACCGUUCUGCGGGCACACGCCCCCCCCGUCUCCCUUCCUUACUCACUCACAUCGUGUCAACAUCAGCUUCACCUCCGACGGCUUCGGCAACAACAAAGGCUUCAGCUUGCACUUCAGGACCAGAGGAAAGGUCUGUCAAGCAGAGGUCACCUCCCACUCCACUGUGACUCCUCAGGAUCCAGAGUAUCAGCCGGGUCAGACAGUGACAGUAGCCUGUGAACUUGGCUAUGUUGUGAAUACUCGAGGCCUCCUGACGCUGUCAACGCAGUAUGAGACAACGUGCCAGAGUACAGGCACCUGGCUCCCUAGUUACCCCUGUGAACCUGUGAAUUGCGGUCAUCCUGACUUCCCAGAAAAUGGCAUCCUUCAAUUGACAGACUCAGAAAACUCACACACUCGGUAUAAAGGCCAGAUCCAGCUGAGGUGCAGUUCAAAGUACUACAAACUGGAAGGACAAGACAAAUACACCUGCAGUGCCGGUGGCAAAUGGGAAUCAAGCAGUGGAGAAUCACAGAUGCCGAAAUGCACUCCAGUGUGUGGGCUGCAUGAAAGGGCCCAUGGAAGUGCAGGCAGGAUUUUGGGAGGUCAAAAUGCAAACCUGGGACAAAUACCUUGGCAACUUCUCAUAAAAAAAACAUCUAGAGGAGGAGCAACACUGAUCAAUGACCGAUGGGCCGUCACAGCGGCUCAUCUCGUGGAGACGUUGGUGGAAACCUCUUUGAGUCUGUAUGGUGGAUUGGUGGAUGGAAGCAGAACCUCAGAUGCAUCGUCAGGUGUGGUGGUCAUGGAUAGCGAGAGGAUCAUCAUUCAUCCUGGCUACACCAUGGGUGUUUCUCCUCAGGGACGCAUCAAUUAUGACAAUGAUAUUGCUCUGAUCAGAUUGACCUCCAGGGUGAAUUUUGGCCCAAACCUCCUUCCCAUAUGUCUGCCGGAGGUGAACAGCGGCUUGGGGGAAAAUCAGCUAGGCACAGUUUCAGGCUGGGGGAUGACAGAGGGGAAGGUUGGCCUUGUAACAUCUCGUAAGCUGAAAUACGCUGAAAUCGGGGUCUAUUCCCUCAGCGAGUGUCAGAAUACACCUCGCACGCCAAAUGGCAUUCCCAUGACCUUCACUGAGAACAUGUUCUGUGCUGGAGCAGAAGGGAAGGACAGCUGCCAGAAAGACAGCGGGAGUCCGUUUGUAAUACCAACGUUGUCUGCUGGAACAGGCCCGUAUCAUCUGGCUGGUAUCGUGUCCUGGGGUCCCCCCUGUGAGGAUAGGGCCUACAAGGGUUAUUAUACCAAAGUAGAGAACUAUAUCGACUGGAUCAAGGAGACAAUCGAUAAGGUGGAGAAUUCUUAGAAAGGGGGAAGAUGCAGGUGGAAACACAGUGCUACGAAUCAUAAUACUGUAAUCACAAUUGAUUCAAAUUGCCAAAAUAACAACUUUUGUGAAAAUUAAGUUUGUAACCCUUGUAAUCAAUGUACCAACACUGACAAUCACAAUUACAUUAACACAUUAUAACUUCAGACUUCACUCUUGUAUUAAAGGAAAUUAUGGGAAAUAAACUGCAGAGAAAGUG